AUAUUGGAAUAUAGAUGUCAAUAAAUGGACGGUUCCUCCAAUUCUCAAUUCUCAAUUCUCAAUUCACAUUCAUUAUUAUUGCUGCUUCCACUUUCCCUCCUCCUUGUAAUUAAUAAUUCCUAUGAGUGUGAUGUCUAGCAACGGGUGUCCAAAUGCUUCUAAUCCUUACCAUCAAUGCACACAAGCUUGCUCCCAAAAAAUAAAGGGACCCAAACCACACGCUAAUAGAAAGACUUCACAAGGUUAUGGGAGAACCGUAACUGAUGCUGAGAUCGGUAAAAAGAUAAAUGAACAAAGACGAACGGUUGCUGGUUGUCCAAAAGCCUCUAAUCCUUACCAUAACUGUGAUGCCAAUUGUAACAAAUCAUUCUCCAAUUCAGGUGCCACUCCUCAAUCCAAUAUUGAGAGGAAGAAGAGGGCAGGUUCAAGGCCAGAACCCCCUAUUCUUGACAGUGUUCCAGCUGCAAGAAAAAUUGGAGCAACUAAUCUCUCCAAUGCUUCAUCAACAAAACCACAAUAUUCUGAGAACAAAAAGUUGGAGCCAAAAAGCAAUGAGAUAAUUCCUUCUUCUGGACCAAUUUCUGGUCAAUUGCACAUCCCAGAUGUUAUGCCUGUGUAUCACAAAGACCAAGUUAAGGAUGUUGCUAAAAUCCUCCCCAACAAGACAGAAACAAAUCAUGAGGACAAAGUUGCUUCUGAUGAAAUUAUUCCAAUCACUAAUUCUGAUGACACUGGUUUAAGUGAGUCCAAAGAUUUUAGUUUCUCUGGAACUCCCCCAGAGGACAAAGAAGAUGGCAGUGAAGGAGAGACAGAUUCUGUGGUAUCUGAGUCUCGUAUUCCAGUUGGAAAAUACAAUGUAAAAGAAAGUUUUGGUUUCAUCCUGCAAACUAUACUUGAUAAGUAUGGGGAUAUAGGUGCAAGCUGUGAUUUAGAAUCAGUUGUAAUGCGCUCAUAUUACAUGGAAUGCGUAUGCUUUGUUGUCCAAGAAUUACAAUCUUCUUCUGACACAAUAAGUAAGUCCAAAGUGAAUGAACUGUCAGAUAUUGUUAAGGAUGUUGAAUCUGCUCAUCUUCGUGUAGCCUGGUUGCGUAACGCACUCGAUGAAAUUGCAGAAAAUAUUGAACUGAUUAGUCACCAGCAGGAUAUGGAGACAGAAAAAGCUAACUAUGAUGUUGAAAUGGAAUCAUUGAGAGAGCAACUAGAAUCAGAACUGAAAACAUUGGCUCAGAAAGAACAAGAGGUUGCUGAUAUUAAUGCCAGAAUUCCUGAAAUCAGAGAUCGUUUGACAGAGCUUGAGAACAAGUCUUCUGGACUUGUAGAUCAUGAAAUCACACUACCUAUCAAGUCCAAGAUUGAUCAACUGUUAUAAUAAAACUGCUUAUAUUUUUUCUUUUCUUCUUUUUUGAUGGCCAAGGAAACUGCUUAUCAAAUUCGUGCACGCGCAUCUGAUUGUACUAUGUUGUAGUGCUUAAAAAGUAGAAUAGGAUACUCAAUAAAAAUGGAUACAAGUAACAUGUGCUUCUAUUUUAUUAUUUGAUUUAAUUAUGCCAAUAAUAUACUUUCUAUCUCUGUAUACGCAUUA